AUGGAUUGCUCAAUUUGUAGCUCGAUGCCUUCUAUUCUGAGACCUCCAAGAAAUACAAUAUGUGGAUCAUGCUAUGAGGCAGCCAAAAGUGUUAUCACUUUGAUCAACAAAUUCGAAAACGAUAAAGGAAGUGAAAAGGCCAUUACUUCUGUUGUUUCUUUCCCAAAUUCGUGUAAGCCUCAACCAUUAGCAAAUGUUCCAAAAUGGAUGAACAAUAUGAAGGAAACAGAAGAUGAACUGAAUGAAAAAAUCAAUUUCCUCAGUGGCUUUGUUUCUUUAUUUAAAGAUCAAAUUCUUACCGACAUCCAACUCAAACCUGGCAAUGGCGGUCCUCCCAUUUCUGCACACAGAGCCCUAUUGGCAGCAAGAUCAGAAAUAUUCAAGAACAUGCUAGAUUCAGAUGCAUGCAAAGCCCCAGCAAAUGAGACAAUAACAAUUCCAGAGCUGAAGCAUGAAGAGCUUGAGGCUCUCUUGGAAUUUCUCUAUAGAGGAAGCUUGGAUGCAGAGAAGAUAGAGAAGCAUAUCUACUCAUUAACCUUAGCAGCAGAUAAAUAUGAGAUCCCAUUUUUGCUGAAAUUCUGUGAGAGAUACAUGCUCAAAACCCUAGUCUCUUCUAAUGCUCUUGAUGUGUUAGAGAUCUCAGAUGUUUGCUCCAACAAAAUAUUGAAGGAGACUGCCUUGAAUUUUAUUGUUAAGAACUUGGAGGAUUUAGUUUUUUCUUCUAAGUAUGAGACUUUUGUAUCCAAAAAUCCUCAUCUUUCUGUCCAAAUUACAAGGGCUUUUUUGAUGGAUGCCAAAAGCAGAAGGAGAAAUGAGGCCAAUGUUGCUUCUUGACACAAAAUUAUCAUGUGUGGAAUUAAUCCAUUUUAAUUGUAAAGUAUAUGUUCAUCAAUAAAGUAAACUUGUCAUAUUAAA